GUCUAUCUUUCUCCUAAAACAAGCUACCCUAACUCAGUUCAUUAGGGCUUGGGUUAUUUCGAGGAAACUGAGUAACUACGCAACGGUGGGUCCGACCCCGAGUGCGGCACGUGUGGGAAACGACGGUGACAAUGGUUCGUUGAUGAUUCCUCGUUUCAACGCUUACCGCGUAAACAACCUCAACCUGUGAUCAAAAGCAUCAUCUCCAAAAUCCCAAACUCAUAUCAUAACGGGAUCGGAGGCUAAUCUAUUACGCGCUGUUCUCUCGUCUUCUACAAGAUUUUCUGUUCGAUCUCAACCAAGGUUGUUCCUUCCACCUCCGCCAUGAGUUUCAUCUUUGGAAAGCGAAAAACCCCCGCAGAGCUUCUGCGGGAAAAUAAGAGGAUGCUGGACAAAUCAAUCAGAGAAAUUGAGCGUGAGCGGCAAGGAUUGCAAACACAAGAAAAGAAAUUGAUUGCGGAGAUAAAGAAAAGUGCCAAACAGGGCCAGAUGGGAGCUGUUAGAGUUAUGGCAAAAGAUCUUGUUAGAACAAGGCAUCAGGUUGAGAAGUUUUAUAAGCUAAAAUCUCAGCUCCAAGGUGUAUCACUCAGAAUUCAGACUUUGAAAUCUACACAAGCAAUGGGUGAGGCUAUGAAAGGCGUGACAAAGGCCAUGGGGCAAAUGAAUAGGCAAAUGAACUUGCCAUCUUUGCAGAAAAUCAUGCAAGAAUUUGAGAGACAGAAUGAGAAGAUGGAAUUGACAUCUGAGAUGAUGGGAGAUGCAAUAGAUGAUGCUUUGGAAGGAGAAGAAGAUGAAGAGGAAACUGAAGAUCUAGUUAACCAAGUCCUUGAUGAGAUUGGAAUUGACAUCAACCAAGAGCUUGUAAAUGCACCAUCAUCAGCUGUUGCUGCCCCGGCUUCAAAGACAAAGGUACCUCAAGUUGAAACGACUGGGAAUGAUGAUGGCGGGAUAGAUAGUGAUUUACAGGCAAGGUUAGACAAUUUAAGAAAAAUGUAAUCUAUCCUCUAUAUGAUAUCAGGGACUCCAGUUUUACUGGGGAAAUUGAUGCUCCUAUGUACCAUAUAUAGCAUAAUUGGGAAGUUGUGCCAGGAUUAGAUGAACUCAUAAUUAUAUAAAAAUGAUGUUUUUUUUAAAAAAAUAAAUAAAUAGUGCUGUGUAACAUGGAGUACGCUUUUAAUUAUUUAUUUUGUAGCAAUAGUGUAUGUCCCUUCUCAACCAACCCCCCAACCUAUAGACAAAAAAAAAGGUUGUAUUUCUAUGUGCUUAUCGAUUAAUAUUUUGAUGUGCACUGAUUCCCUUCGUGCAUAGGGAUAUUAUAAAAUUCGAGUGAUGUCUGAGUCUGAGAAUAUCUUCAAAUGAGUUUCCAGCAAUGUGGGAUUUCUAGUAAUGUUAUUUGCUUGCUGAAGUAGUAUUGAAUUCAAGCUGUACUCGGACAAUAAAACGUGUAACAUUAUGAAAUGAUCAAGACAUGCACUUUACAUGGACAUCCAA